AUCACCAUGGCUGCCGUGGAUCGUUUCUCCCUCUUGUACAGAGAGAUCAGUCGUUCCUGCAAUUUUUACAUCGAAGCCCUGGCUAUAGUUGGAGCUUGGUACACGGUCAGAAAGUGUGUGUCUCUGGCGUUUGACACUUACAGCAUGCUUAGGGUGCAUUUAAUUCCAAGGCUGAGCGGCAAGGUUGAUCUCGUCAAGCGGUAUGGAGAAUGGGCAGUGGUCACUGGUAGCACAGAAGGUAUUGGGAAGGCAUAUGCUGAAGAACUGGCAAAGCAUGGUGUCAAUGUCAUCUUAAUCAGCCAAAACAAAGAGAAGCUGGAGGCUGUAUGUAGGAGCAUAUCUGAAACCUAUAAAGUGGAAACAGAUUUUGUAGUAGCUGACUUCAGCAAGGGCCGUGAGCCUUACCCAGCCAUUAAGGAGGCUCUGAAAGACAGAGAAAUUGGGAUUUUGGUGAAUAACGUAGGCAUGUUUUAUUCCUACCCGGACUAUUUUACCAACCUGUCUGAGGAUAUGCUGUGGGACAUAAUCAACAUAAAUAUUGCCUCUGCUAACAUGAUGGCGCAUAUUGUGCUGCCAGGCAUGGUAAAGAAGAAGAAGGGGGCAAUUGUGAAUCUUUCUUCUGCGUGCUGUUGCCAGCCAACACCAAUGUUGACAGCCUAUGCAGCCUCUAAAAAAUACUUGGACUAUUUCAGUAGAUCACUACAUUAUGAGUAUGCCUCGAAAGGAAUUUUUGUCCAGAGUUUAAGCCCAUUUCUAGUUACUACAAAAAUGGUAGCGUGCAGCAGCCUUUUAACAAAGAGAUCUGUCUUUAUUCCUUCUGCUGAAGAAUAUGCAAGUCAUGCUGUUUCUACUCUUGGGUUAUCCAUAAGGACUACUGGUUACUGGAAGCACGCAAUACAGGUCAUGUUGGGCGAGCGCCUACCUGAACGGAUCUGGGUAUGGCUUGCAAUGUACAUUUGUGGAACAGUACGCAAGGAAGCUACAACAUGCCAAGUGAAGUAG